UCAGGCACUAUUGACACAGGUGAUCACAUCUUUGUCACUGAGACCAAAUCCUGGAGGGACGCUCAGAAUCACUGCAGGGACUUAUCAUCUGAGCUCGUCAGCAUACACUCAGUGGAGGAGAAUGAGGAGGUGCGCAACAUUUCUGUGUCACAAAACGUUUGGAUCGGCCUCUUCAAAGACCCCUGGAAGUGGUCUGAUGGGAGCAACACUUCAUUCCGUUUCUGGAAACCAGGAGACCUGAUCCUAAUAAAGGAAAACCUGACAUGGAUUGAAGCUAUGAGUUACUGCAGGAGGCACUACGUUGACCUCAUUCACAUUACCACCAAAGAUAUUCAGGAAAAGGUGGCUGAAAAGGCAAAAAAUGCCACUUCACCUCAUGUGUGGCUCGGCUUACGCUACAUUUGUAACUUUAACUUCUGGUUCUGGACCAGUUCAAGUAGUGGUUGUUAUCAAAACUGGGCACCAGGACAAGGAUCUGAGGAGGAAAAUGACUGUGAGGUUUCAGGUGCCAUUCAGGCCACUGGGGGGCAGCAGUGGGUCAGUUUGCCUCAAACCGAAAAACUUAAUUUCAUCUGUACCACAUGUGCUGGAUGA